CAGCUAAAACCCACAUGGAGGGCGAUACCUUAUAAAGCUGCGCAGGCGGUCCCUAAGGUGUCCGUUCGCUAAAGCCAGGUGAUGGUAUAAGCACCUGCUAGACAGCGGGAAAGGUGUCUAAGGUGCCCGUUCUGCUCAUGUCAGCCAACCUUAAUGCGACAUGGGAAUUCGACAAUCUCCACCUUUUACCUUGAGGGGUUUGGGAAUUGCACGGAAUGAUAGGCGCAUCGGCGGCGUAAGGCCGAAAAUAUGUGGUGAUUUUGGAGAAAUGGCAAGAUUGGAGGCGUUUAUGGCGUCGUGCUGGAUGGUGACUGGUUGGAGGGGGUGAGGGGUAGAGGAGAGACAUUAUUCAUGAUGGCUGCGAUGCGCGUCCUGGGAUUUGCUGAGGACGGGCCUGGGCUUCCUUAAUGGGAAGGCGGCUCGUCAGGUGUGAGAAUAUGAGGUAGGUGGUUCUCUUGGGAUUUUAUAUAUAAAGAGGGCUUCCCUCCCGUUCCUGUAGCUGUGGUCAAGUCACACAAGCACCUUCCUCAUCUUCCUCAUUGUCUUGUCUAUCACAUAUCACAUCUGAUUCUCCAGCAACCAUCAGUAUCACCAUCACCAACAUGACCAAACCCAACUCCACCACCCCCGACCUCGACCUAUCCGCCCUCACCCUCUCCCCCGAACCCCCCCUCCAAACCUUCCCCCUCGGCGACUUCACCCUCCAAUCCGGCGCCGUUCUCCCCUCUGCCCAAAUCUCCUACACCAUCCAUGGCUCCCUCUCCCUGCCCCCAAUCCUCUACCCAACCUGGUUCUCUGGUCUCACUGGCUCCAACACCUGGCUUCUCGGCCCCACGCGCCCUCUCUCCCCCGAGAAAUACUGCAUCAUCAUCCCCGCCCUCUUCGGGAACAGCCAGUCCACCUCACCCUCCAACUCGGACCUGCGUCCGUUUCCCGCGAUCACGUUGUAUGAUAAUGUGCGCGCGCAACAUGAACUUCUCACGAAGGGGUUGGGGAUUACGCAUCUGAGAGCGGUGUUGGGGUGGAGUAUGGGCGGGGCGCAGACGUUUCAGUGGGCUACGCAGUACCCGGAGUUUAUGGAUAUAAUCGUCCCUUUCUGUGGCGCGGCAAGGUGCGCGACGCAUAAUCAGGUGUUUUUGGAAGGGCAGAAGAGCGCGUUACUUGCGAUCAAGGGGGUUCGCUCCGCCGGUGCCGGUAGAGACGGCGGGGAGAGGGGAGAAUGGAGUAAGGAUGAGUGGGAAGUGGGGAUGAGGGCGUUUGCGAGGGGUUAUGCCGGGUGGGGUUUCUCUCAGGAGUUUUAUCGCGAGAAGGUGUAUGAGACUUAUUUGGGGUAUAAGGAUCUCGAGGACUUUUUGGUUGGGUUCUGGGAGAAGUGGGCGGUUUCGAAAGACCCGGAGAAUAUGCUCACGAUGUUGCGUACCUGGCAAACAGCCGACGUAUCGAAGCAAGAGCCGUAUAAUGGCGACCUCAAGGCUGCUAUGCAGGCUAUAAAGGCCAAAGCUCUUGUCCUGCCAUCCAAGACGGACUUGUACUUCCCGCCUGAGGACUCGGAAAUCGAAGUCUCGCUUAUGCGCGACGGCGUCGCGACACUGGCGGUUUUUCCGUCUAUCUGGGGACACUGGGCGGGUGGUCCGGGGGAGUCGAAGGAGGAUGGCGAGUGGCUUGAUGAGCAGCUUAGGGGGAUUGGCCUUUGAGUUUUGAGCUUUGAGUAUCGAGCUUCGAGUCUCGUCUCAGUGCGUAUGGACUUGCUAUUUUUUGAACUGAUGCUUUGUCCGUUUCUUUAUAUUUAUUUCUUAUUCUACAACAUACAAUGAUACUUGUUUCGUCCCACUAUGACUAUCGGAGCACAAGUUCGACUUCGAACCAAAUAAUACUAUUCUGUCUCAGGCGCAACAAAGAGGAAG